CCUGUGUCCCUGAUUCCUCCGCUCCCGCUGUCCCUAGGGCGGACUCACCAGCUCCGGGUUCACUGCAGCGCCAUUGGCCACCCCAUCGUGGGGGACUUCACCUACAGCCACAAGAAGGACAGCACUCCCUAUAGAAUGAUGCUCCACGCCUAUUACCUGCGCAUCCCCACUGGCAAGGAGCUCAUCGAGGUCUGCGCGCCCGACCCCUUCGUCACCACAAUGGACAGCAACUGGGUGCCCCACCACGUCACUCACCGGCUGGAUGAGACCAUCCAAGAGCUGAAGGACAAGAUGAUGCAGAAGGGAGAAGAGGAGGAGAGCCAGGAAGCCGUGCUUGGUGGCAGAGAGGAGGAGGCACAGUACAAAGCCAAGAGCCUGGAGAUGGAGGAGCAGCGAGCCCGGUGUGAGCAGUGGUUGGCCGAGUGGGCUUUGGAGUGA